AUGAAGAAACCAAAAUCCUUGCUCCGCGAAUACGCUGAACGCGAUGGUCCUGCUAACAAUGAUUUUGACCCUGAAGAUGAAGCACCUUCUGCGAGUGAGGAAGAAUCAGAAAGCGGUCAUGAUAAAAAUUCUCUAGAUGGAACUGAGCAUUAUUCUAAAGUCGGAAAGAGUCAGCUCCGAAAACCAGAAGAAAUAAAUUUGGGGCCUAAGUACUCUGGUUCAAAAAUUAGUCGCAAGAAUUUAUUGGAAAAUGAUUCGGUAAAUUCAAGUGGAGAAUCUGAUGACUCAAGCUCUGAUAUAUUUACAAAUUCUGACAUGGCUGAAUCUGACGAAGAUGAAACUGAAAGUGCCAGUGACGGAGAAAAGAACUCCAAGACAAAUAAAAAAUUAAUUCAUAAAAUACCUCAACCAAAAUCGGCAUCUGAUGAGAGCAAUUCGGAUGAAGAUGAAGGAUCAUCUGGUAGCGAAUCUGAUGAGAUCGUAGGUGCUGAAGGAGCGACGGAAGAGAAUGAAGAAAAGUCUCGGAGAUCAGAGUUACUCAAAAUAAUGGGGGAUGAUCAAAACGCGGUCUUAUCAACCAUCACCCAAGCUGUUAAAGCAGAUGUCGAUAAAGGAAAGGCAGUCAAAUUACAACGAAAAUUAUUCGACUCUUUGUUGAACUUGCGCAUAAUGCUUCAAAAAGCACUUGUCGCAACCAACUCCUUAGCGGUUGCAGAAAAUGACAGCAAAACCCACAUUUCAUCUGAACCAUACCAAGCAGCCGAGAAUGCUGCAAUCAAACUUUGGAAUUCGUUGAAUGGCAUGCGACAUGAAUUAUUUCAGACCAGCUCCACAGCCCAAACUGGCCAGAAGAGAAAGCUUACUGUUAGUUCCUCGAUGCCAUCCUCUUCUAUCUGGGAAAAAAUGCAAGAGACUGAAGUGGCUUCAAUAAACUAUCGACAAGAAACGCUGGAGAAAUGGUCUUCCAAGGUCAGGCUUUCUAUGGCUUUACCACUAUCACAAAAACUCAACGCAACGGCAUCUCAACAGAGUAUCACGUCUUUGCUUCAAGAUCAACUUGUAAAUUCUGAACACUUAGUUCGAAAGACUAAAAUUCCUCGUUCUUGUGCCCCAAUUCAAAGGGAUUUAAAACUUAGCGAAGAUCCAAAUAUUUAUGAUGAUGCAAACUUUUACCAAAUACUUCUUAAAGACUUGGUUGACCGACGCCGAGCAGAUCAAUUGUCUGGACAUGAUGGCUUUGAGUCUUUCAGAAAUUUACCUGGAGCAUCAAUCAAGGAUGUUAAGACUAAAAAGGUCGUAGAUACAAAGGCUAGUAAAGGCCGAAAGCUAAGGUAUACCGUGCAUGAAAAGUUACAGAAUUUCAUGGCUCCAGAGGAUCGGAGUAGUUGGGAGCCAUCUGCAGUAGACAGACUAUUUAAUACACUACUAGGACAACAAGUUACUCUUCAAGAAGAUCAAAAUGUUAGCGAACAUGAGGACGCUGGACCUGAGGGACAAAGGCUCAAGUUAUUUGAAUCUUAG